AUGCAGAUUAUAGAGCUCGAGCUCGAGCAUGGGAAUCAUGACAGAUUGUCUGCAGUGGAAGGAUUGGAAGAGGUCGAGCUCAAGCCUGGCAAGAAAGUGACAGUCGGUCAGGAGUUGAAUACAGCAGUCAUGGCGGAACUACUGAAUUGUCUCUCCAGCAACAUUGAUGUAUUCACUUGGAAUGUUGAGGACAUGCUUGGAAUUGACCUAGAGAUUGCGGUGCACAAACUCAAUGUAAACACGGAGGCAAGACCUGUGAAGCAAAGGAAAAGGCAGUUUGCACCCGAAAGACGAGAAGUCAUAAAGGAAGAGAUUGCCAAACUUGUUAACGCACGGUUCAUUCGGGAAGUACAAUAUCCCGAUUGGCUUGUUAACGUAGUUCUGCUUCUUGGAUGCUUUUUCGGGGUAUCACCAAAUACUUAUGGCGGAAGAAGAUCAAGAGAAGACCUCAUUCAUGGUAAACUCAGCCAUCUAUUAUUACAGGGUCAUGCACUUUGGACUAAAGAAUGCUGGAGCAACGUAUCAAAGGUUGGUAAACAACAUCUCGCCGAAUUAAUUGAGAAAAUGAUCGAAGGAUAUGUGGAUGAUAUGGUGGUUAAAAGCAAACAGGUGAAUAGUCAUGUCUCUGAUCUUGAGGGAGUGUUUUCCACGUUAUGGAGAUAUAACAUAAAGCUCAACCCUGCAAAGUGUGCGUUUGGGGUGGCAUCUGGAAAGUUCUUAGGUUUUAUGAUCACGAACAGAGAAAUAGAGGCGAAUCCUGAUAAAAUUCAAGCUCUGAUAAAUAUGGAGGCCUCUAAAUGCAGAAGGGACAUUCAGAGGUUGACAGGUUGCAUAGCAACACUAAAUAGAUUUGUUUCUCGGGCAGUGGACAAGUGUUUUCCCUUCUUCAAACUACUUAGAGAAAAUAAAAGCUUUGACUGGAAUGAGAAAUGCAACUUAGCUUUUCAGGAGCUCAAACAGACACUAGCAACACCUCCAGUCCUUACCAAACCCGAACCCGGUGACACGUUGCUAUUAUACUUGGUCAUUUCCCAGAAUGCAAUAAGCGGAGUCUUGGUAAAGGAGAAAGAAAGAGUUCAGCAGCCUAUCUAUUAUUUACAUCCAACUGUGGUAUUCACCAACCAACCUUUUAGACACAUACUCCAGAAGCCGAACGUCUCAGGAAGACUGUUGAGAUGGGCAAUUGAACUCGGCGUAUUUGACAUAGUGUUCGAGCCGCGAGCCGCAAUCAAGGCUCAAGCUUUGGCUGACUUCAUAGCAGAACUCACUUUGAGGACACCGAAAACACAGGUGGCCAAAGCCGAUGUAUUAUCCAGACUUAUCUUCAUGGGUGUGGACGGGCUCGAUAGAACCGUGCACGUCAAGAUAGUUGCAGAACCCAUCAUAGUUCGAAAGCCAAGUGUCAUGGACAUCGACCAUGAGCCCUCCUGGAUGGACCCAAUAGUUGAUUACAUAAGUAAUGGCAACCUACAUGUAGACCCUCGGCUUGCUAGAAGCAUUCGGUAUAGAACUACUAGUUAUUGUCUAAUCGAAGGAGUCCGGUUCCGCAGAAGUUUUACACUCCCUUAUCUAAGAUGUCUCAAACCAUUCGAGUCUCUACAAGCCUUGACUAAAAUUCAUGAAGGCAUUUGUGAAAAUCACCAAGGAGCUCGAGCUCUUGCAUGUAAGUUGAUAAGGUUUGGGAUACCAAAAGUCCUCAUCAUAGAUAACGGAAGGCAAUUCGACAAUCCACAGUUCAGGAGCUUCUAUGCCAACCAUGGGAUUGAUCAUCGCUUGACCUCGGUAUCACACCCACAAAGUAAUGGGCUUGUCGAAGUAACUAAUCGGAUCAUACUGCAGGACCUUCAAACGAGAAUAGGGGAUGCCAAAGGUGAUUGGCCUAAUGAACUGCCUUUUAUACUAUGGGCAUACAGGACUUCGCAUAAGACAGCAACUGGUGAGACACCCUUCAUGCUUGCCUUUGGACUUGAGGCUACCAUUUCAAUCGAGGUCAGCCUCUCCACAAUAAGGAAGCUCGAGAUGAAUAGGGAGAGACAAACUACUGAGCACCUUGACUUGCUUGAAGAGGUAAGAGAGCAAGCCUCACUUAGAGCUGCAAGUUAUCAGAACAGAACAAAGAAGCACUUUAACAAUAAGGUCCAGAUGAGAAAGUUCAGAGCUGGCGAUCUUGUCUUUAGAAAAGCAGAAACUGUCGGACACCAACCAGGGAAGCUCCGACCAACAUGGGAAGGACCCUUCGAGGUCAUAAGAAAAUUAAAAGAUGGAGCUUAUAGCCUCAGAGACACAUCGGGAAAACCGCUCCCACGACCAUGGAAUGCGGAUAAUCUGAAAAUUUAUUACAAGUAA